AUGUCGGUGGUAUCACUACUCAACGUGAAGAUCUGUAACAAUCCCGCUACCUUCACCUCUCCAUACCAGUUCGAAAUCACAUUCGAAUGCCUGGAGAACCUCCGCGAAGACCUCGAAUGGAAACUCACCUACGUCGGCUCCGCCACCUCCUCCGAACAUGACCAAGAGCUCGACUCCCUCCUCGUCGGCCCCGUCCCCAUUGGCGUCAACAAAUUCAUCUUCCAAGCCGACCCCCCGGACCUCUCCCGCAUCCCCAGCAGCGAGCUCCUCGGCGUCACCGUCAUCCUGCUCACCUGCAGCUACGAUGGCCGGGAGUUCGUACGCGUCGGCUACUACGUGAACAAUCAGUACCCCGACCAGUUUCCGGAGCUGCAGGCCGACCCGCCCGCGAAGCCGAUCAUCGAGAAGAUCGAGCGGAAUAUCUUGGCGGAUAAGCCGAGGGUGACGAGGUUUGCGAUUAAAUGGUACGUGGAUUAUACAGUCACCUUAGCAAUUGAUAUGGGUGGAGUGCUAAUGCGAGAUGCUAGGGAUUCGGAUGAAUCUGCCCCCGCUGAAUUCCCGCCCGACCAGCCUGAAGCCGACACGGUGGACGACGACGGUGAUCUGUACGGUGCCGAGGAGGAAGAAGAGGAGGUUGAGGAAGUUGUUGCGGUGGAAGCGGAGGGCGAUGACACGGAGAUGGGCGGUGCAGAGGAAGGCGCAGAUGUAAAAGUUGAGGUGGAGGAGGAGGAUGACGACGACGCAGGAAGCGAAGACCUCGAGGCGGAGAGCGACGGAGAUGAUGAAGAGGAGUUAGAGGACGAGGAAGGCGAGGGGGAGGAGGAGGCGGAUGAGGAGAUGGAGAUGGGAGAGGAUGAGACAAAGCCGGCGAAUGGGGCGCCGAUUGAGCAGAAUCAGCAGCAGGAGAUGAUGGUUCAUUGAGGUUUCAGAUGCUGUGAUGUGGCUACGAGAUGAUAAGAAGAUGCUGGAUGAGUGAUGGGCGUCACCGAUGCUCUAA